AAGGGAGGGACCGGAGGAGUGUGUACGGAAAGAAACGAAAGCGCCGCGGAGCCGCCGGGACCGGACCGGGAUCAUCGGGAUCGGAAUUAUCGGGAUUGUCGGGAUUAUCGGGAUCGGGAUCGAGCAGGGGGCCCAGAGCCCUCCAGGCUCAGCCGGGGAUGUUCCACGGCAUCGCGGGCCCGGCCGGCAUGGGCGCGCCCGGGAAUAAACCGGAGCUUUAUGAGGAGGUGAAGCUCUACAAGAACGCCCGGGAACGGGAGAAGUACGACAACAUGGCCGAGCUGUUCGCGGUGGUGAAGACGCUGCAGGCCCUGGAGAAGGCGUACAUCAAGGACUGCGUCACCCCCAACGAGUACACGGCGGCGUGCUCGCGGCUGCUGGUGCAGUUCAAGGCGGCGCUGAAGCAGGUGCAGGGCGGGGAGAUCGGCAACAUCGACGACUUCUGCCGCAAAUUCCGGGUGGGAAUCCGGGAAUUUUGGGAAUUUUGGGAAUUUCGGAAAUUCUGGGUGGAGUUUUGA